GGCCAUAACCGGCUACUACACUGAGCAUGCGCACCACGCAACCAACCAAGUGAAGCGCGGACAUGAUCGAUUUGUUGCAGGAAACACGGCGAGCUUCAAACCAGACUGGAAUACAAACAUAAAACUGUCAUUGAUAGUUGGAGGAAACAUAGCUAGCAAAUUUAUUUUCCAUACAUAUUCAUUGAACAUUUAGGCGAACAUACUUGAAAACAACAGCUUUUUCAAGCAGGAAUAAUAAUGUCCAUCGUGACAGUGCAACUUGGACAAUGUGGCAACCAGGUAGGCCAAGAGUUGUUCGAGGUGAUCAGCAAUGAUGCAAAUGAUACGCAAAGAAAGGUUUACAGUGAAUGCAGCAGUGAGCGUUUCUUCAAUGAGACUGCAAAUAGAGAACUCGUGGCAAGGUCAGUGCUGAUUGACAUGGAACCCAAAGUCAUCUCACAGAGUAUUGCAAAGACUGCCAAAUCUGGGAAGUGGAGAUAUGGGGACCGUUCACACUUCAGUCAGAAACAGGGUUCUGGAAACAACUGGGCAAAUGGAUACUGUGUCCAUGGACCACGUCAUGAGGAGGUAGUGAUGGACAUUGUGAGGAGGGAGGUGGAGCACUGUGACUGUCUGGCAGGAAUCGUGGCCAUGAUGAGUGUGGCAGGGGGCACAGGGUCAGGGGUGGGCACAUACGUUACUCGGUGUCUUCGGGACGCCUACCCAAACUCCUUCAUCCUCAACCACCUGACAUGGCCCUAUGGCACUGGAGAGGUGAUAGUCCAGAACUACAACUCUGUGCUCACACUGUCACACCUCUACCAGCUCUCAGAUGCCAUCCUGGUUCAUGAAAAUGACACGGUUCACAAGAUCUGUGCUCAGCUCAUGAAUAUCAAACACAUAUCAUUCAGGGACGUCAACAAAGUCAUCGCCCACCAGCUAGGGAGUGUUCUGCAGCCUGCACUCACUGGUGACUCCCAUGGUAUCUACAAUAGAAACCCCAUAGGUGAACUGAUGAGCAGCCUGGUGUGUCACCCAGAGUACAAGCUUCUCAGCGUGUGCAACAUUCCCCAGGUGUCCAGCUCCUCUAUGGCUUACAGCAUGUUCACCUGGCCGGGCCUGCUCAAACAUCUACGUCAGAUGCUCAUUGCCAACUCCAAAAUGGAGGAAGGCAUCGACUGGCAGGUGCGAGCCCCCUCUCUCCAGUCUGAAGGGAUAGAGAGGACCGGGAGUCACAGACGACCAGGCUUCAACACCUCCCUGGCCAACCUGCUCAUACUGCGGGGGAAGGAUGUGAACAAUGCAGAGAUAAGUGGAUUUCACCAUCCGAGUCUAUAUACCCCCUGGCUUCCAGCAGAUGAGGCUUUCAGCAUGUGGAAAACCCCAGUCCCGUUUAACAAGUAUGAGAAGUCUGCUAUACUGGUCAGCAACAGUCAGACUCUGUUGAGGCCUCUGGACAACAUGGUGGGGAAAGCCUGGAACAUGUUUGCCUCCAGGGCCUACAUUCAUCAAUACACUAAGUUCGGGAUCUCAGAGGAGGAUUUCUUGGAUAGCUUCACGUCUCUUGAACAGGUCAUCUCUAGCUACAGUCAACUUUGAUGCUACGGCCUGCUUUGGACCAGUACGAUACUGUUUGGAUAUGACAAACCAGGAUUCACUCCAAUGCACUUUCAAGUGUACCUCUGCUGCCGACUCUGUUGUCGUCGCUUGGCGUAGCUCUGAGCCAUAGAGUUGAUGAUGGAGAAGAUAAAGUAACAGACCAUGACCAGAACCACCUUCUCAAAGACCCAUGACAGCCAGUUCUCAGUCUGCACAGAGAGACAUGCAUACAGAGGAAUAUUACUGUUGACUAACACGAAUGCAUUACAAUUUGUAUUAUCUUGGCAAUCAAUAAAAUCACAUGCUUUG